GAACUGUUUCAUUGUCAUGAUUCAGUAGCUUACAUGCACCGCCGGUACAGAGCUCUACAACGCAAAGACACUCAUACAUGCACAUUGUUUGUGAAAACAAACCAAGAAAAAUUCCGACUUGGCUCCAAGAAUCGUUGAGAAGAUGAGAAUCCAAACAGCUUCGUUCGUUCUGUUUGUGUUGACGGUAGUCGGAAACGCCCGACUGGGAGAUGCCGCACGAUCAAGAGYCAAUCGCAAGCUUCGUGGGAUGAAGGGGCAUUUGCGCCAGCAAAAUGCUUUGUCCGAAAGCGAUUCCGAAAACYAUUCCAGAAGAGGACUYGACGGGGAGSACCCGCCUUGCACAUACUAUUACCCAGCGAAGAAAUCAAAAUUCAACAAAYACGACGAUGACUGGUACAAUCCAUGCAAAAACUCGAAUACGGGAAGGCCCUCUUAYAUCAAGACCUUUUCACCGACAGCUAGUCCUCGAAUACGACCGCCGUCUCAAUUUUAUAGUACAACACCACCAGURCAACGUCCCCCAAGUAAUCCUUGGGCCGACUGGAUYAACCCKUCCAUGGAGAUCGAGGCUGUGAAAAAUACUCCUCGACCCACCAUUUCUUCCCCACCACCAGCUCCUAAACCCACAAUGAAACCUACCCCAUCACCAGUGCCCUUGCCAUCAACUGUCCCCAUGCCAUCAAAUACGCCUCUGGUAUCUGWAGAAACAUCAAACGAGGUUCAAGGUGAUGCUGACGUUUUUGUUGAUGAAAAAGAGUCAUCAUGUCUUUCGGCCAAAUCUGGUCAAGUUAUUCCGACAUCUAUYAACUUUACUAUAUAUUACAAGUACGAACUAUUGGCCGAACGCAAUGCYAAUAUGACAGAUGUGAUAUGGCCAGAAAUCGAUCGAGCGUUUCAGCAUUUUCUAUCAUCUGAAUUGGUCGAGUGCGAAAUGGACGUCGAAGGAGGUGGUGGCGAACCAACAUUUGCAUCCAGACUGAAAAGCAUCUCUCCGAAACCGUUUGAUUCUGUUGGAUCAUUGUACCCAACCGGCUGGAGCGAGAAUACCACUGUUGACGGUAAUGCAACUGCUUGCACCCACAUUGUCCUGGAUGAGAAAUUAUUAACUGAGAGAGAACUUUAUUGCGACGUUGUUACCGGAUCUGUCACCCUCUACUUAUCCGAAGUCGCUUAUAUGGACGCUGCUAGUAAUCCAUACGUUCUAUUUAYAGACUAUAGCAACGAUGUGAUUCAGUUUCUAAGAAAUGAAAUCAAUGAAGGCGGCGAAGCUAUCACAAACUUUAUGGACGACAGCCUCGGGGUUMGAGGGUUUUACUUCAUUAGCGAGUCUCCCAUUUCAAAUCUCGGGCCUACUCUCGGUGCACCUGAUGCAGCUUCAGAUCAAAUUGAAAAGUCGUCUGGAUCAAGCAGUGAAAAGUUUUCUUCGAUACCUGGAAUUGCUGCAUCCCUGGCUGCAAUAACUGUCUUUGCUACCGUGGCAGCUGCAGGUCUUGCCAUUCAUCGUAAGAGACAACAUCUGGAUGAGCCGCAUGACACGUUCAAAUCAAUCAACACCCCUCGCACUUACGAUGAUGAUGUGGAAUUUUACGGCCCCGAAGAAUUGUUGGACAUUGAUAUUAGUGAUGAUGGAAGCACGGGGGACGACCUGAGAGAAAGAGAUGGCAGAUCCUCGAAGAAGACACUAUUCCCGACGGAAGACAAUAUUACCAGUCUAUCACGCACUUCUGAAUAYGACGUACAAGAGGUCCUCGUAUCUGAUUUUGCUACGGUAUGUGACCUGUAUGAAACAUGCGAUCAGCAGUCUAUAAAUUUCGAAUACUCUCAAUUAGGGGUACCAAUGCGGCUGCGAAGUCCUGACGGAACUUUGAGUAGAUGUAAUCCCACAAAGUGCAAACCUUCACCGAGAAAUCUUGAUUACAACACGAGUAAUCUUCGUCUUGACCCUUCGAUUGAUUACAGUAGAAUGGAUCCAGAGCCUGAUGACCAGUUUCCAGACGACGAAUCUUCGGUAGAAUCUGAAUCACAUASUGACAACCAACCAAUUUCCGAAGAUCCAGAAUCAUCCUCAAAAACAAGAAUUGGUCUCAAGGAAAGAGAAAGCAAUGAAAAUUUGUCGACAAAAUCGUCUACGUCCACURGUUCUGCUCUUGAUUACAUUCUUUCUCUCGGCUCUUCUAUUAUGUCACCGCCACAAAAGCCAUUCGAUGAAUCAAGUGUGUCGAGCGCUAAAUGCGGCUCUACAAAUGCCGUGAUUGGACUUGGACAAGAAUCUGAAAUUCCGCACGUGCCAUCAGUGACGGACACAGCUACAAGCCUUUAUCUCAAACGCACCACUUUGACGCCUAAUUCAACAGCUGUAUCUGAAUCGAGAUCUCUCAAUCGCAACUCCACCAUAAACCAGAGUUUGGUGAAAACACUGCCGCCGUCAUCGUCAGACAAUAGGGAGUCMAAAAGCUCUACUGAAUCAACACCAGGUUCUAGCAAGAAGACGACUGUUAAGGGAUCUCGGUCCUCGUCAAGCAAAGGGAAUGAAAAAUCUCCAUCAGACCGUUUGAAAAAUCGACGAAAGUCGUUAGAAAGUCGCUUUCAAAAUUAUAGACGCAGCCUUUCCGAAAGCAUCAAUAAUUUAGGCGAUACUCCCGCUGGUUCCUGGUCGGCUUCUCGUGAGUUUACUCGGUCUGUAUCGCUCUACAAGAACUCGGGUCAACCUUUCUCUUCACCAGUGACCAAUCUGGCUAAUUCGAUUCUAAAUGCYGGUACCAAAAAGGAACUUAACGAAAGCRCUGUGGAUUCACAAGAAAAGCGGCGUUCACAAAGCUCAAAAGCGCCCAGAGUACACAAGCACUAUACUUCUCUCAAUGACAUCGAAGAUAUUCUGGAGAAAGAGGAGUCAACGAGAGUGGCAGAAGAAUCGUCGAGAAGGUCAUCAUCAGAAAACGAAGGCUUGGAAACMAGCCUAUCACCGAACAAUCCACAACAACAACAGCAAAGCUACACGUCGCCAGAGCCACUUCAAUUCCAACCYAAUACUGUCAUGUUGUAGAAAGUGGCCAACGUUCACUAAACAUCAACAAACUUUUGCAACAAACGUAACGAAAUCURUUUAUCUCAAUUUGGUAAUUAUAMAACAAAAUCUAACGAAAUGGCUCUCUACAAUAUUGUAACACAUGUGAUUCUAAAGGAAUAAUUCAUCUACGUUGYAGGAUAUGAAUACAYGCCAACAUCUGAAUUUCGUUGAUCCCCCUCYCCCAAUUCCUUUUCAAUUUUCAACUUCAGAACUCUACCUCUACUGGCGAAACCUUACAAACGAUGAUGCUGACUGSCUCUCCUAUGAAUGCCGAAGGCAACGCUCACGUACAAGGUUUCUGGAAAGACAAAGAAAAAUCUUAAUUUUAUAUCAAAACCAUAAUGCGACACAUUUGAUGUCAAGCUUUCCCGGCAAAAACUAAAAAAUUGUUUUGCAUCAUCAUAUUGUCUCAUUUAGUGCUUCUGAUUCGAUAGUUUCAGCUUCUGCCGGCGUCAACUCCGCUGAUGCWAUGAUAUCUGCGUUGAUUUUUUCUUCUUCUGCCAUGAUCUUUGCAAUCUCCUCCUUCUCCUUUUCGUCAUCGCUCAGGUCCUCGCCACUGAUAAUUUCGGURAAUUGUCCGUCAUUGAGCAAUUUCCAUUUCAGAGUGCUAUCACCGAUCUGUUGGACAAUAUCCCGCGCUGCAAAUGGGGCGCCUAAYUUUUUKGCAGCAUCCGACAUUUCUUUUAGUUUUAGCUCAUCAUUCAACCAUAGUGCAACUUCUUCGGCAACAGCUCCUGUGUCCGUAUCCUGACAAAAUGACCCGAAACCUCCAUCCACUACAUAGUCCACAUUACCCUCCUCUUGGCCAGGUAGAAAUGAAGUGAGCAUUACAGGCAGAGAAAGAGCAGCGGCUUCCGAAAUUGUUCCAGGUCCUGCUUUAGAAAUUAGCACAUCAGCGGCAACCAUGUAUUCUGCCAUAUUUGUCACAAAACCAAGAGGUACAACUGAAACCAUACCUGUGCCAUUUGCUUCAAGAGAUUCCGUUUGUUUGAUACUCAAGUUUCCAUUUUCUUCAAGUGCGGAAUCGUCCACUUCGCUCUCUGAAACGUAUGUUUUUCCCUUACUCUCCGAUACGGUCCURUCGGAUGGAAUUGUUUCAAGAGCAUUUAUUUUGUUAUUUUCACUUCGGACAUCGUCGGUUUUUUCCUCGUUCGUUCCAUUCUCGAUGGCUUGCAUCCUAUUUGUAGGAGAGGGAAUGAACACAGCACUAUCGUCAUUUUUUCUCAUGCUUCCAGAGCUCAAAAUCUUUCGUAGGGUGUUGAAUGAACCUCCCGCUUCAAUGCAUCCCGCGUUGAGUGUGACCUCMGCGGCAUCUCCACAGCCUCCGGUAAGAUCUGGGAACAAUGUUGACGCAGAAAAUAACCCUAGCUUCUUCUUUUCGAUUUUGGAGGUUGUUCUUUUUUGGAAGACCUCACCCCAAUCCCGAUUCUCGAGUCCUUUUUUGAGAGUUUCGUUUCUGCCGCAUACCACCAUAAUCACGGCAUUCACACCCUGCUUGACAAGUUCAGUGUAGAGAGCAUCGACGAUGUUUGACAACGAACCAACACCUUCUCCUCCACCCAUGACAAGCAAUGUCUUCCGAUCCAUGGCUGGAAGCUCUAGUUUUUCUCGAAUUUGCCGCUGAUACGCUUUGCCACUUUCACUCAUCCGAUCUCCUAACUUCUCAGACUGGAUCGCAAAAUCGUGGCGGAUUGGAAGUCCGACCAACACCAAUUUAUCCUCCGGAAUGCCCUUCUGACGAGCCAAUUCGUGAAUCUGUGGUGACCCAACAAAGAGCUUUUCUACACMACCAGAAAACCACGUGCUGUGGGCCGAUCCAAGAUCUGUAACAACUGUAAACAUGGGCAAAUGCUUACCU